CUUUCAAACAUAAUAUUCAUGUAAAUAGCAAUUAGCGGUGCUUUAGUGAAUAACAACUUCAGUGAAUUUUUAUAUGCUGCAUAUUUUAUCUUUAAGUGCCUAAUUCAAAGUGAAAAAAAGUUAAAACUUCAUUCAUAAUUCUAGAAUCAAUCAAAUCUAAAACUAGUAAAAUUAACAUAAAGUACAAAGUUCAGUUUCCGAUCAGCAGUGCUGAUAAUUUUAAUCGUUAUAAUCACUAGUAAAAAUGGCUUUAAAUUGUAUGAAAGUAUCAAGGAUAGUAAGUCAAAAUGCAUUCAGAUGGAUUGCGGUAAGCACGCAGAGGAAUCAAUCAACUGUAUCGAAAAAAGAACAGCUUGUAAUCACUGAAGUGAACAAAAAAACUGGAUUUGCAACGCUGUCGUUCAAUCGACCCUCGGCACUCAACAGCUUUACUCUUGAACUUUUACAAGACUUUUCAAAGGCACUAGAUGAAGUUGAGAAUCAAAAGUAUAAAGGAAUGAUUUUGACAAGCACAUCAUCGAAUGCGUUCACUGCUGGACUUGACAUUAAAGAGCUUAUAAAUCCAGAUCCAAUAAGAUUGAAAGAACUCCGUGCUGUAUAUCUCGAUUGUUCCCUUAAACUGUAUAAUUCACUGUUUCCAACAGCAGCUCUCAUCAAUGGACAUGCUAUUGGUGGUGGCUGUUUCCUUGCAAUGGCCUGCGAAUAUCGUGUAAUGUUGCCAAACUUUAAAAUAGGAUUAAAUGAGACCCAACUAGGAAUUGCAUGCCCAGAAGUGGCAAUUUUGGCUACUAAAAAUAUUAUUUCAUCCCGCGAUUCUGAAAUGGCCUUGACAUUGGGAACAAUUUUUGAAACAGACAAGGCACUUGAUAUUGGAUUAGUUGAUGAAAUUGCUAAGGAUAAAGCAGAUGCUAUGGCUAAAUGUGAAUCAUUUAUGCUCAAAUUUAAAGGAGUUCCAGCAUUAGCACGUGGAAUUACUAAACAGCUAUUCAGGAAGAAAAUUGUGGAUCUGAUGACUGAAAAUAAGGAAAGAGAUGUUGAGAAUUUCGUUAAUUAUGUUCUUGAUCCAAUAAGUCAGCAGAAUUUGAAAGCAUUUUUAGAUGGCUCAAAGAAGAAGUAAAUCCGAGCAAUUUAAGUUUCCUUAAAUAUUGUUAAUUUUGUACAGUUUUGCGUCUUUUACAAUCUUUUAUAAAAAUGAAUAAAAUCGUCCAAAUAUUUGAGAUUAAGAGCUUUAAGGAUUUAGGAGAA